CAUACUCCGUCUUCAUAUUUUUCCCCUUAACGACCACCUCGCAUAUAUCGCCUACUUAAUAUCUGUCUUAGGGCAUUUAGUUUACUUUCUAUAUCAUCCAACUGCUAUAUUAGCUCCAAAUUUACCUUUUUUUAUCAUUUAAGCCUCUACCCUGCCUUUCAAAAAUGCGCGCCUUGCUAACUAUUGCUAUUGCAGCCACCAUUGCGUCCGUGGCUUCACAUCCUAUUGGGACCAGGUCUCUUGCCGGCCUAAAUCAUGUCAAUCGUUCACUUCAAAGAAGACACGAUAUAACUGUGAGCGACCUGCCCCUCAAAGAGGGUGAAACCCAUCAUGUAGAGCAUGCGUCUGGACCCAGCUCCGACCUCCGCCCUAGUCCCGACUCUGACUCUCGCCCCAGUUUUAAAGAACAAGACUUUAAACCAUUUGAAGAACAGCGCCCCUUGUAUUUGCCUUUGCAGCAGCAGAAGCCAUCUGAGGCGGCGGGUAAAAAUGCUUCCGAUCAAGAUCAUUCCCAAGUAAACAGACGCCCGGAGGACAGUCAGAGCACGGAAAAAAAUAGGGGCAAUGGCAACGGCAACGGCGGCGAACGCAAUGCCGAUGGUACGCCCAUCAGACAGCAUUUUGAAGUUGUUGAGCAUUCCCGAGACAACCCGAACAACGUGAGCCGUCUUUCUCAUACCAUUGUCAACGACAACGCAAACCGCGUUCAUUCGAACAUUAUUCAGCGUGUUUCCAUUGGAGAUAACAAUGUUGUCGGGCAGCUUAACAACAACCUUGUUGUCCAGGGCGUUCAUGGCGUCGUCGUCACUGGCACUGGCAACAUCAUUGGAAACAAAGAAAACGGGCAGGAUAACAAGAAGGAUGACGGUAAGAAGGACGACGGCAAGAAGGGAGCAGAUAACUCCAAGGACUCUCAGCCCGUUCCAAAGUCUCCCUAAUAAGUAUGAUAGUUUUAACCUUGUUUUGAUUUACACUGAAGAAAAGAAUGAG